AUGACGGUUGCGCUUCAGUUUCAGGCGAUUGCUCGCCGCUCGAGUCCUGGCUGGGCGUGCAAUGCCUGGCGGCGCAUGCCGCUGCGGAACUACUCCAGUGCUGCUACUUCUUUGAAUGAUACGCUACCUCUGUCGGGUAUUCGCGUGCUCGAUAUGACAAGAGUGCUGGCAGGUCCAUACUGUACUCAAAUCCUGGGCGAUCUAGGGGCGGAUGUCAUCAAAGUUGAACACCCCGUUCGAGGCGAUGAUACUCGUGCCUGGGGACCGCCAUACGCCAAGUAUGAAGACGAAUCAAAGACAGGGCCAGGCGAAAGUGCCUACUAUCUGGCUGUCAACCGCAACAAGAAAUCCCUUGGAUUGUCAUUCCAGCACAAAUCGGGUGUCGAGAUUCUUCACAAGCUCGCCAAGGAAUGCGAUGUCCUCGUCGAGAACUACUUGCCCGGGGGUCUGAAGAAAUAUGGAAUGGAUUAUGAGACUCUACGAGAGAUUAACCCCAAGCUUAUCUACGCCAGUAUCACCGGCUACGGACAGACUGGUCCGUACAGCAACCGUGCUGGCUACGACGUCAUGGUCGAAGCCGAGAUGGGCUUGAUGCAUAUCACUGGAGCUCGAGAUGGUGCACCGGUCAAGGUUGGCGUGGCUGUCACCGAUCUGACCACUGGUUUGUACACAUCCAACGCCAUCAUGGCGGCCUUGCUUGCGCGAGCUCGGACAGGCAAGGGCCAGCAUAUUGAUGCUUGUUUGAGCGACUGUCAGGUUGCAACAUUGUCGAACUUGGCUAGCUCUGCGCUCAUUAGUGGCCAGAAGGAUUCGGGCCGCUGGGGUACAGCACACCCGUCCAUCGUGCCGUACCGAAGCUAUAGAACACUCGACGGUGACAUACUUUUCGGUGGCGGCAAUGACCGGCUUUUCGGCGUGCUCUGCGAUCGUCUUGGUUUCCCUGAAUGGAAGACCGAUGCUCGUUUCGUGACGAACAGCGACCGCGUGAGACACCGUGCUGAUAUUGAUGAACUCAUUGAAAACAUUACUCAACGUAAGACGACUAAGGAGUGGCUGGAUGUUUUCGAAGGGAGUGGAAUGCCCUACGCGGCUGUUAAUGACAUCCAAGGAACAUUGAACCACGAACAUGUGCAAGCACGAGGCAUGGUCACAGAGGUCGAUCAUCCAUCAUGCGGUACUAUCAAGCUGGUCAACACCCCUAUCAAGUACUCCGAGGCUACGCCUGGUGUACGUAGCCCUCCCCCUACCCUCGGCCAACACACAAACGAGAUAUUGGCAAGUCUUCUGGAAUACAGUGAAUCGGAUAUUGCCCGAUUGAAGAAAGAGGGGGUAUUGUCUUGA